CUUACCUAUAUUUCUCUCAAGUACUCUCUUUUUCUCCCCUUUAGUAACAUGGUUUCCCUAGAAGGUACUCUUAUAUCCGAAGAGCCAAUGUCUAGUCCCCGAAUUUCCUUCUCUUCAGAAUUUCUUGAUGAGAGAAACUUCAUAUCCAUUACACCAAAUGCACAAGCAGAGAAAGAGCGAAAAGAGCAACAAGACAGAUCAACGCGUAGUGCAGCUGAAUUCGAGUUCCUCUCGAGUAAGUUAACCAAUGAAAACAUGAUCACAGCAGAUGAACUGUUCUUCGAGGGUAAGUUACGUCCUUAUUGGCAAAUGCAUUAUGCUGAAAAGCUCAAUAAAAUUAGUUUAAAAGCUGACAAGGAAAUUUUGGACAAUGCCAUGGUCAUAAAGAGUAAGGAAGAAACUACUACUAGGCCAAUAAAUUGGUUUAUUGAUGAAGAUCCUUCUCCUAGACCACCAAAAUGUACUGUUUUAUGGAAAGAGUUGUUGAGAUUGAAGCACAAAAGAGCUUCUUCAUUAUCGCCUUCUUCUUCGACUUCUUCCUCUUCUUCUUCUUCAUCUUCAUCUUCAAGUUCACUUGCUGAUAAUGAAAAAAGUAAAGGGCAAUCAAUCAAAGAGAAACAUGUGAAAAGGAUUAAGAAAGGAGUAGAGAGGUGUAAAUCAGAAACUUUAAGAGUUAGACCUGUGAUUCAUGUGCCAAUUUGUUCACAGGGGAAAAACUCUGCUCUGCCACCUCUGUUUUCUCUUAAGAAAAAAGGAAGAGCAAUGGAGAGGUGAAAAAUGAACUUUGU